AAGAGAUUGGGAAAGGCCAGCUGGGUUGUGAACUAGUUCACUCAUCUCUCUCUCUCUCUCUCAUCUCUCUUCCUCUCUCUGUCUCUCUGGUUUUCUUUGUAGAUGAACAGUCAUAGACUAUUGGAUGCAGAAUUCAAAAUUCUUAGCUAAGACAAAAUUGAUUGAGUAAUGAUUUAGAGAGAGAGAAUGAGGGGGAAGAGAGGGAAUAGUAUUCUUGAGCGCAUGAUAUUGAUAACUUCUCUUGUGGGUUGGGUUUUGUUUUAGCUUUGAGAGAAAGCUUUGCUUGUUGGGUUUUGUUUUGUGUUGGUGUUUCUUUCUUUCUUUUCUUGGUUUCUUUUGGAUGGGUGCAGAGGGAGGAGAGUCUGCAGUAGAAGUGUUGAAAAAGGAGAAAGAUGGGAGAGACAAGAGAGAGCAGUGGGGGUGCAGUUGUAUACAGCAGUACUAUACAAGUUGGUCUAGCUGCAUACACAAAAAUUCUCCUUACAAGUAAAAAAAAUCUUGUACCUUAACAAAGCCAAAAAAAAAAAAAAUUAAAGAGAAGCAUUUCUUGAGCUCCUAAAGGAUCUCUCACUAAAAUCCACAAGCUAGCUCGCCCACACACAAAAGACUAAUAAAGAAGUGGAAGAUUUGAUCUCUAAACAGAAGAUCUGGUUUUUGUUCUAGAGUUCUUUUCUUUAUUUCUUUCAGAGUCAUGAAGAGACUUGGCAGCUCUGAUUCCCUUGGUGCUUUGAUGUCCAUCUGCCCAACCACAGACGAGCAUAGUCCGAGAAACGGCAACCAUGUUUAUGGGAGAGAAUUUCAAUCCAUGUUGGAUGGCUUAGAUGAAGAAGCUUGUGUAGAAGAAUCAGGCCAUGUCGCCGAGAAGAAACGGCGAUUAAGUGUAGAUCAAGUUAAGGCCUUGGAGAAGAACUUUGAGGUUGAAAACAAGCUUGAACCAGAGAGAAAAGUGAAGCUUGCCCAAGAACUUGGCUUGCAACCAAGACAAGUGGCUGUUUGGUUUCAAAACCGCCGUGCCCGCUGGAAAACCAAGCAAUUGGAAAGAGACUAUGGCGUCCUCAAAGCCAAUUACGAAGCUCUUAAGGUCAAUUUUGAGUCCCUCCAACAUGACAAUGAAGCUCUACUCAAAGAGAUAAAAGAAAUGAAGGCGAAGCUAAACGAAGAGAACGCAGAUAGCAAUGUUUCUGUCAAAGAAGAAAUAAUCUUGGCCGAAUCCGAUGACAAGGCGAGUGAAGAGCCACCACUUCUUGCUUCAGUCUCCGCAUCAGAGAUAAAAGACCUGAAUUAUGAGAGCUUCAACAGCAACAACAAUGGAGUACUAGGGGCUUCUCUUUUCCCAGACUUGAAAGAUGGAUCGUCAGACAGCGACUCAAGCGCGAUCUUAAACGAAGAUAACAGUCCGAAUCCAGCCAUUUCCUCAUCCGGGAUUCUCCAAAACCACCAGUUAAUGAUGUCUCCUCCACCAGCAACAUCAUCGUUCCAGUUCACAAAAGCGACAGCAUAUCAAACCCAGUUCGUGAAGAUGGAAGAGCACAAUUUCUUUAGCAGUGAGGAGGCAUGCAAUUUCUUCUCAGAUGAACAAGCCCCUACUCUUCAAUGGUACUGUCCAGAUCAAUGGAAUUAAAGAAACAUCGAAAAAAGAAAGAAAAAAGUGGACAGUGGUUCUGGUGACAUGGUAUCUUAGCUCCAAGGAUCUUGUAAAAUGGAAGUGAAGUAUCUUUGUAAUCUAAAGCUCUUUACUUUGGUCUCCAUUGAGGCAAAAAUGAAAAUUGGAGAACUAGGUUCAUGAGCACUGGUCAAAGGAAGAAGGAAGAACAUAAAGAAAGAAUCAAAGGAAGGGUCAAGAGGAUGGACAAAAAUGGUAAAAAAAUUAUAUCUAUAUAUAUAUAUAUAUUGGAAAAGGCAAGUUGGAGCUAAGAAAAACCAGAAAGAGAGAGAGAGAGAGAGAGAGAGAGAGAGAGCACGUGGGCUUAGGUAAGGUGACGAUGAAUGGGUAUAAAUAUUUUCUGGGUUAUAAGCCGUGCGGGAAUGAUUAGGUCGUAAUUGGAGCCUUUGCUGUAAAAAAAGUUAUUAAGAAAAAAUCGUCUGGUCCUUCAAUCCAUAGGGGAAGAAUUCUUGUAAUGGAGAAAUAAUCAUGCUUCUCUUUC